AUGUCGUACAUGAUGGUAUGGUCGGUGGUUGCAUCUCAGAGUGCAAUUCCUACUACAGGCGCUCAGCCAUUGCCGGCCGUCGAUUACACCAAGAGCGCCACCGAGGUCUUCACGGAAGCAGCGAGGUACACUAUCCUCGAGAGUCAGGACCUUCUCCUGUGCUGGGCUCCAGACUUCGAGAGCAAGCCCGCAGUGGACUCUGCUUCCAACCCAAUUAACGGGCUGCGCAGGUGGUCGGAUACCUUCGGCGCCAAAACCAAGCCGCUCACCACCUCCGACGACAAUGCACUCCACGUCCAGGCGUGCGCUAUCGGCCGCGUGGCUCACGUGUCUCCCGUCUUCGAUACCGGCAACUACAUGCACCUCUGCUACGACGAGUUCCGGAAACUCCCAGCCCCCGCGUCUGAGACCUAUGAGGGCAGAGACGAGAGGUUCUGGCGGACACUCAUCCUCAAUAUCUGGAGACAAGGGUCGACGCUGCAGGACAAUGCACGGGCACCCGCCGAGCUAGGUCUGGAGUUUCGGAGCCUGCUUGCGCAGGAGCGCGUCUUGAAGAUCCUAGAUUGCGGUGCCGAGCAGCUUCGCUCUCCAGAGAUCCAGGCCCGCAUCGCGGCGAGCCCGGAAGUCCAAGCCCUGCUCCAGCAGUGCGGCAGGGGCGGACAGUACGAAGCUCUGCUCUAG